AUCAGAGCGUCCCGCCAGGCUCCCGCAGAGACAGACGAGUCUUUAAUGGUCCCAUCCGAACCCGCAGCACAGCGGCCCACUGCCAGCAGAACCCGCGCACUGGACCAAUGCUGACGCACCGACACCGGCACGCGGACUCGCAUUCGGGGCUUUGGCCGGACUCUUAACUUCGUUCGCUUCUCUCCCCGUCUCCGCCUCUCCGGGAUCCCCGUGGGAAACGGGCGUCCCUCCGCCCCGCGCCUCCGUUCUCCCCGUUUCCAGCCCACGCGGGUCCGGCGGUUCAUGUCCACCAAUGUUAGCGGUGGGGCAGAUGGAAGCUAACCGGCAGAGUGCUUUCGUUCUGGGCAGCACCCCGCUGGCGGCGCUGCACAACAUGACCGAGAUGAAGACGUCUCUGUUCCCGUACGCGCUGCAGCAGAGCCCCGCGGGCUUCAAGGCGCCGCCGCUGUCCGGCCUCAGCUCGCAGCUGUCCGGGGGAACCCCGCACGGAAUAAGCGACAUCCUGGGCAGACCCAUCACCACCGCCGGCCAGCUGCUGUCGGGCUUCCCGCGGAUAAACGGCCUGGCGACCACCGCGGCCGCCGCGGCGGCGGGGAUGUACUUCAGCCCGGCGGUGUCGCGGUACCCGAAGCCGCUGGCCGAGUUGCCGGGGCGCGCGCCCAUCUUCUGGCCCGGCGUGAUGCAGGGCUCUCCGUGGCGGGACCCGCGGGUUCCGUGUCCCGCUCAGGCCAACAUCAUGCUGGACAAGGACGGGAAGAAGAAGCACUCCAGACCCACCUUCUCCGGACAGCAGAUCUUCGCUCUGGAGAAAACCUUCGAGCAGACCAAAUACCUGGCCGGGCCGGAGAGAGCCCGCCUGGCCUACUCCUUAGGAAUGACCGAGAGUCAAGUUAAGGUUUGGUUCCAGAACCGGAGGACCAAGUGGCGGAAGAGGCACGCGGCGGAGAUGGCCUCCGCCAAGAAGAAGCACGACUCGGAGACGGAGAAGAUGAAGGAGAGCUCGGAGAACGAGGACGACGACGAGUACAACAAGCCUCUGGACCCGAACUCCGACGACGAGAAGAUCACGAGACUGUUGAAAAAGCACAAGGCCAGCAGCAACCUGGCGCUGAUCAGCCCCUGCAGCAACAGCUCGGACACUUUGUGAUGCGCCGCCCGCAGCCGGACUCCCCCCUCCUGGGCUCGACCACAUGCGUCUCUGCUCGGCGGAACCCGAACGGGCCUUUGGUUUUUUGUGCGCCAAGGAGGACUUUGGAGCAGAGACGCACAUGAGGGCGCGCGGGCGGGCGCGCGCACCGGGCCUCUCCUCUGGAGCUCACAGAAACGGAAGGACAUUCAUUCCGGGAGGACUCUGCCUUUCAGCUGCUGAAAAACAUGCGAUCCUGUUCGGGCCGGAUCAGCGAGUAUCCGAAUACAUUUCCCUAAAGUAAUGCCGUUAUUCCACGCCACCUGUUGCGCGUGUCAUUUGUCACCUGUAGACGCUUCAGGCGGACUGAGGAUGUGUUCAGGGUGAAGGUCCGAGUCAGAGACGCAUGUUGGGACCAGCAGGUGAAAAGCUCUAAAGCUCCGAUUAACCAGGGUAUCCGCCGUCCUCAAAGGUAACACAAGCACGGCAUUUUGGCCGCGUGGGUUGGACACGAGCGGACUUCUGCUGACCUGCACGCGUGCACGCAGGUGAGGAUGUGUGUAUAUAUUUUCUACAGAAUAAGUUAUGAUGUUUGGAAGCGGGAACGCGGCCCUCUUCCUCCCCGAUGAUGAUGAUGAUGAUGCGCUUAGUUUAUUCUACAUCCGAGCUGCUCGGAUCUUCGUCCCGCAGAGCCACGCCACGCCACGCAUCCCCUUUGAUUCAACUGUCACAUAAAUGUAAAGCAGCCGAACUGAGUGUAAAUAACCUUUGUAAAGAGUGAACAUCCGCUUGUUUAACGUCAUCGGCUCCGGUUCGUGCCUCACGUGCACGGUGGACGGCUCCCGCGCUGGGACAGAAAACAGGAGCUCCGUCCAUGUCCGCCCAGAAAAGAGAAUUAUUGCUUCCCGGAAGGUUAUAGGAAGAAAAAAAAGACUUUGUAUAGUAAAUAAAUUAUUUAACAAGCUUCUCUGA